UCAGUGGUCUGCUGUCUCUCUCUGUCUGCUUGCUUGUGCUUCUGCUUCAACCCAACCUUCAAGGCCAUACAGCCAUCAUCUCUCCUCUCAUCCAUCAUACUCGUUUCUUUGCUUGGAGACCAGUUUUGGAUUAACUUAUGUUUUUUUUAUUAUUUGUUGUCCUGGUGAGGUAUUUAUUCAUGUUCUACUUUGGCCUUUGAUAACUUUUAAUCGGAUUUAGAGUAGGUGUUGGUUUUGUUCAGAACUGGUUCAUCAUUGAAUAGACUAAAAUAGUACGUUCAAAUAUUAGGUUUUGAUAACCUAGCAUAAUAAUAGUUCUUAUGAUUUUAUAAACUUGGAACAUGUCAUUCAACUACCCUGGAAACCCACCUUUACCUCUAAAUCCCCCACCACCCCCACCUCCCAUGGGACCUCCGAUGCAGAUGCCUAUGAUGGGUCCGCAACAAGGAGGAGGGCAAAUGAUGGGUGGUCCCAUGAUGAUGGGUCCAAUGAUCGGACCACAGGGUUUCCCGCAAGGCAUGAUGGGUAAUAUGGUUCCUGGCCUCAACGAUGCCCCGCUAGAGUUCAACACGAGCAAAAAUAAACCUCCGAUGCCUCUGUCAGGGGAAGACCUUGAAAGAGAACAGCUAAAAGCUUUGGCAGAAAGAGAGAGAGAAAGGAACAGCAGUAGAGACAACCAGGAUAGAGAGAGUCGUAGAGACAGAGAUAGAGAUAGAACUAGAGAGAGAGAUCGUACCAGAGAGAGAAGAGACCGAGAUAGAGAUAGGGAUCGCAGGGAUGACCGAGACUCGGGCACCAACGGUAGCAGCCGCGAUGGUCGUGAGAGGGACGCAGGAGACUCAAUGUCCCCGCCAAGCCUCCAGGAGACUACCUCCACCGCCAACACAGCUGGCGGAGCAGUGUGGGGAGGCAUGAUGGGACCGGUCGGCUACCCUGUCAACGUGAUGGGUAUGAACCCCAUGAUGGCUCCGCAGAUGAUGGACCCCAGCAUGAUGAUGGGACAAUACAACAUGAUGAUGGGCCCGAGUGGGCCAGUGAUGGCUGAUGGUACGAUGGUGCCGACACCAGUGUCUACAGUCAAGGAAGUGAUGACAUUCAAGAACUUCACGCUGUUUCCCCCCAGUCCUAACGCUCCUCCCCCCUCCACUAGAGAGAGACCUCCUGGAUGUAAGACCAUCUUUGUCGGCGGCUUACCUGAGAAUGCUACAGAGGACAUGAUCAGAGAACUGUUUGGUCGUUGUGGAGAGAUGUUGACUGUUAGACUGAACAACAAGAAGUUCUGCCACAUACGGUUUCUGCAUGAGGCUUCAGUGGACGCUGCUCUCUACUUUAGCGGAUACCGAAUGUGUAUCGGCAACAACACAGACAUUCCCAACACAGGGCGGCUACACGUGGACUACGCCCAGGCCAGGGACGACCAGUACGAGUGGGAGUGUCGACAGAGACAGUUGCAACGGGAACAACGACACAGAGACAGAGUAGAGAAGGAGAGACUACGAGUGCCGUCUCCUCCACCUAUCGUACACUACAGCGACCACGAGGCCAACAUCGUGGCGGAGAAGAUCAAAACUGACGAACAGUUUACAAAAGCCGUACAGGUAGUGAUCACCUGGUUGGAGCGGGGGGACUGCAGCAAACGCAACGCAAACACGUUCUACUCCAUGAUACAGUCGACCAACUCCCACGUCCGUCGUCUGCUGACGGAGAAAGCCACGUAUGAGGAGGAGCUGACCCGAGCCAAAGAGCUGAUGAAGGGACGGAUGCAAGGCCUGCUGAUUCAAUUCAGUCAGAUUGAGCGAGUAUUCUCGGCCGCAUCUCACAAGAAGGUCUGGGACCACUUCACCAAAGCCCAACGCAAGAACAUAGAAAUGUGGAAGAAGCAAGCUACGGAAAUAAAAACUGUGGAGUUGGAAGAUAAUCUGCUCGCUGGUGGAGACGAGGAGAUGGAAGUGUCCGAUACUGACGAGGAACAGUUUGGUUACAUGGGCGGACCGAGAAAGAAGCACAAGAAAGACGACCCUACCUCUGCACUUAAGGAAGAAAACGACAGUUUGCGGUGUCAGUUGGAGGCUUACAAGAAUGAAGUAGAUCUGGUCAAAGUAGAUUUGAAGACAGAACUUGAUCAAAAAGACAAACAACUGAAAAUGUGUCAGCAAACACUUCAAGGCAUGCAGCAGCAAUUGUUGGAUGCAAAGAGAAAACAAGGAGAAGAAGAACUCAAAGUGUUGGAGCUGAAAGAGCGACUGAAAGCUGUUAAGGCGGCGAAGGAGAAAGAAAGCAAGGAAGGAGAUGAGGCUUUGAAAGACGAGACUGAAACAGCUGAAGUCGACACAACCGACUCUAUUCUUCUACUGACUUCAAAGUUGUCCGAGAAAGAGGCUAAAUUGAUCGGUCUGAUCUCAAUUUUCCUGCACGUACAUCCGUUCGGCGCAGGCGUGGAUUACAUAUGGUCGUAUCUACAAAAGCUUGAUCCGAACCUGAAGACGAGCGAAGUUGAGACGUUGAUGUCCAGGUUUCCCAGCAUGUUCCAACAGGAAUUAUCCGGAAUCGGCGCCAAUAUGGAGCGGCGCUGGAUUUACGCCGGAUACAAACCACUCAAGUCGGAGUGAAACAGAAAAUCUUAGUAUUAUUACAAAAGUUUCACAGUCUGUUUUCCACAAAACUUAAUCUGCAUCAAGUUUAGAAGACACAAGUAAGGUGUAAACACAAAUUAUCACAGAACAAUUCUAUUCCUUUACAUUAAUUAUUCAUAAGAAUAAUUAAAACUAGUCAUUUGUAGUCUGUUGAAAUUCUAAUGCUGUAGUGUACAAAAACCAAUAUAUUGUGUACAGUUUUAUUUAUUUUCUCAUCCAAUUGUAUUGUUGCUUUGUGGUUUUAUUGAGUAAUUAGUAUGUAUUCAACAAUGUUUUAAACAUUUAAAGCUAUUACCUCGUAAGUUGUAAAUACUUAUGUCAUUUUACUUUAGGGUAA